AUGGAUGUGGAGUCCGGGAAGAGCCCCUCGGGUGUCUCCCUGCAGGGAUGUCGCCGUGCCCUGGGGUACCCGAGUUCGGAGGGUGACCCCAAGGCGCUAUGCGCCGCCAUUGGCUCGGGGGAGGAGAAAAAGGCGGCGCGUCACGCCCUGGUUACCUCAGUGCGCGUCAGAUUGGUGUUAGUAUUAGGGGACCUUCACAUCCCACACCGGUGUAGUGGUCUACCGGUGAAGUUCAAGAAGCUGCUGGUUCCAGGAAAGAUUCAGCACAUCUUGUGUACAGGAAACCUCUGCACCAAGGAGAGCUAUGACUACCUCAGGACACUGGCUGGGGACAUCCAUGUUGUUAGGGGGGACUCUGAGAGCCUGAAUUAUCCUGAAGAGAAGGUUGUAACUGUUGAGCAGUUCAGAAUCGGGCUGAUUCACGGCCAUCAAGUUAUUCCCUGGGGCGAUGCAGCCAGCCUGGCACUGCUGCAGAGGCAGCUGGAUGUGGACAUUCUCAUCUCGGGACACACGCACAGAUUUGAAGCAUUUGAACAUGAAAACAAAUUCUACAUCAACCCGGGAUCAGCUACAGGAGCCUACAGUGCUUUGGAAACGAACAUCAUCCCUUCGUUUGUACUGAUGGACAUCCAGGCUUCCACAGUUGUGACUUAUGUAUACCAACUGAUUGAGGGUGAUGUGAAAGUAGAAAGAAUUGACUUCAAGAAGUACUGAAUGACGUUCAAACCUGCUCGUUGGCUUCUCCCCGCCUCGCAUUCCUUGUCUCUCUGGUGAAGUCGAAGGGGAGGCAGGCCACGGGGGGGUGCUGCUGCUGCGGCGUGU